UUCCAUGACCAAUUCCUUGCUUGGUGCAUGCAUGAGAUGAGAUGCGUUCAAUGAUAUGAUAUAGAUACCUAACUACCUACCUACUAAUCAUUGAUUACGGCCACCAAUGUCUAAUUGUUAAGAAUAACCACUAAGGCCAGAUAUAUUUAGAUCGCGGUUCCACGUCAUUGCAUCAGGGUGCAGCUUCUCUGCGCUAGCGUCUGCGUUGGAUCGUCAACACAGCCUGCUUAGCACACCAGCAUUACCUAUAAGGGCCCCUGCUACGUUCGUUACUCGAUUAUAUAACCCCUAGCAUCCUUCUACCGGUGAUCUACUUCCAAUCGAUCUACGUCUGCCUAAUGCCGGUAUCAGAUUGUCUAGAAUGAUACCCUGAACUACCUCACAUCAACUUCAUAAAAAACCACCAUUUAUAUCUUGCAGCGACUUUACUCGAACCAUGGCAGCCCCUGUAUCGAUCGAAGAGUUCUUGGAACCCUUGUCUGUCGAUAUUGACAAGAUCAAUCGACUAUCCCAGCUGUUUCUCAAGACAUUUGAGAAGCUUGCCGCUGGCUCCGAGAACCAGUUCUUACCUACGCCCAUAUCUGAAGCUAUCUUACGACCAGAGGCGAAGCGAAAACAAGGCUGCCACUUAGCCAUAGACAUAGGCGGCACAAACUUGAGAGUGGGUUUCGUCCAACUCGGCAACGAGGCCGCGUCAUCUGACCAAGCCAAUGGCCAUAUUACCAACGGAUCCGAAGACAGUUCUGCCACGAGACAUGUGAGGAGGCUUUUGGAGAAGUCCUGGCCCAUCGAUGAACACCUCAAGAACGAAAAUCCGGAUAGUCUCUUCCUUUGGAUUGGCAAAUGCAUUGCUGAGGUAGUCCAAGAUGGAUGCGAUACGCUACACCUACAAAGCGACCAAACAUUGCCUCUUGGUGUUACCUUUAGCUUUCCCAUGGUGCAGCACUCACUCUCCCAAGCUACACUCAUGCAGAUGGGUAAGGGAUUCGCCAUUUCCCCCGAUCAGGAUCUGGGCGACCGCCUCACCGAUGGAUACAAUCGUGCAAAGUCACACGAGCUGCCGCCUAUUCGAGUCGAGGCAAUUGCCAAUGACUCGGUAUCGACACUCGUCUCAUUCAUCUUUAACUUCGAUGAAGCCUUGAAUCGGCGUGCUGCCAUGGGUCUCAUUCUCGGAACGGGCUGCAAUGCAACGAUUCCGUUGAAGCUGAGCCAGCUGAACACACCCAAACGCCCAAAGAGUGUCGUUGCCCGACCGGAGGAGAGGGUAGAGGAUGUCAAGAUUGCGAUCAAUACUGAAUGGAGCAUCAACGGUACUGCACCUCCCUUACACGAAGUUGGGUUGGUCAGCCAAUGGGACAAAACAUUGGACAUCCAAGGUGAAUUGAAUGGCUUUCAGCCACUCGAAUUCAUGACGGCAGGCCGUUAUCUAGGCGAACUCGGACGAAUCAUGCUGGUCGACUACUUGACGGAACACUUGGGUAUCGCUGCAGAAACGUUGCCUCAAAGCCUUCUACAACAGCACAACCUUACAACAACGUUCCUGAGUCACUUCAGACCCCUCCGACCCUCGGCUCUUGUCGCUAUGCUACAGCAAGAAUUCCCCGAAUCGACAGGAUCACCACCGUUUGAGUGGACCGAGGACCUUGCCACGGCAGUAUAUCGAAUUGCCAAGGCCAUUGAGGUUCGAGCGGCUGGUAUUGUGGCAGCCGCCACACUGGCUUUGUUGACAUUGGCCGAGGAAGUUCCAGGUGAAGGGUCAAAGGCAUUUGAUCGGGAUUACGAACUCGGUGUAGGUUACACGGGGGGAUGUAUUGUUCACUUUCAGGAUUACCUGCAGGAUUGCCAGGACUUUUUGGACCAGCUCCUGCGCGGACGAUUCGGCGAGGCGAGCUCGUUACGAGUCGUACUCAGCCCGUGUCACGAUGGAGGCGUUACGGGAGCGGGCAUUCUUGUGGCUGCAGCGUCUCAGAGCAAGGCGAUAGAAUAGUUGCAGGAUUGGGUUGCAUACUGCAUUGGGGUGAUUGGGGGGGGGGGCGGCUGGACCGCUUCGGUAAUUGAUCAGUCCAACUUGCAGAUGGUGGGUAUUUGCAUCUGUCUGGGGUGGUUCACGAACAUGAGCAUGGGUGGCUGUAAGCCGGGGUUAAUGAAAGGAGGGGAAGGUAGGGGGAGAGGCUUGAGAUAAGCUAAUAAACCUGACGGUUGAUUAUUAACUGGUUUAUAGAAAUGAUAACUAUUCUCACGAG